UCUCCUUCCUCCUUACACCUCCCAUUUCCAAUCCCUUCUCUUUCUCUUACUUUCUCUCUUUUUCUUCAUUCUCCUCACAUGUUUUUGUUCUUGAAAUUUCCCCUAGCCACAUCUCUGUCUUUCUUGUUGUCUGGUUGGUCUAUGUAGAUACUGUGUCAGAGAAGUCAGAACUAAAAUUCUGCUUUUGUCCUUGUGAGUUCUGGGCAACCAGGCCCCUCUGUGUCAGAAAACAAAAUCUCUCUUCCCACACCAAACUCAUAUUUGUCCCUCUGAUCCAUCCAAAAAAGGCAAAGCCCAGGACAGUUAGUUGUAACUCUUAUCCACCUUCAUAUCCCAAAAAAAAAAAACCCUAGUUUACUUUCAUCUCAUUCCCCAUGAGCCCUCAUCAUCCGAACCCUAGUUCUCUAAAAUCCAGGUUCACCACCAGGUUCCUUCGGGCUCUGACUAAAAUAAAUGCUCAAAAUCCCAUCUCAUCAUCUUCUCCCAGAGAGAUCCUCCAACGUUUCCGAAGAAUUAAGGUCGCAGCUGACAAGUCCAUGGCUUACUCAGUUAGGUCAAGGAGAACUUGGAGUAGGGCAAUGCGUUGGAAGCUUCGAAGCCGGUCUUGGCGUCAAGCUUCUUCAGUCAGAAGACUGAAGAUUACUACUAGUUGUCAUCAAGCCAUCAUGAAGAAAACAGCUCAUGAAAGAGAAAACAAGACCACAACUGGGGAAGGGGUUGGCUUUGGUGUCCAAACAGAUGAGCUAAGAGAGCUUGUUCCAGGAGGUGAAGCCAUGGAUUUAUGCAACUUAUUGGAUGAGACUGCACAUUACAUAAAGUGCCUUACCACCCAGGUACAGGUGAUGAGAAAAAUUGUCGAUUUCUACUCUCCCUGAGUAAUUGAUAUAUAUAUAUAUAUAUAUAUAUAUAUAUAUGUUAUUCUUAUUAUAUCAAUAUAUAUAGAAUAAAAAUAUAUAAUAUAAAUCCGAGGAACAUAUUUGUUAAAAAGGAAAAAUGGUUUAUACAGAGAUGAUUGUCUAAGAUGGUAAGUAUUUUAUUUUCUGUAGAGAGCACCUAGCCAGCUGAAAUAGUUUUUAAACAGAAAGUGAGUACUAAGUGAAGACACACGCACAAUCUCUGUGAGAUAUUGAGACAUAUUUUUUAUCUUUUUAUAUACUGUUUGUAUAGUUAUUGGUUUC